AAAGAUAACAAAAGUUUCAAGCUAAUUAAGCAGGUGCUAGUAAUAAAAAUGCAGACAAUCUAAAGAACAGGUUUGAUUUCAUGAGACAUAUUUUCUGUUGCUAUUAUGGCAGAACCAGAGAAAGAAAACGGCCUUGGGAUUGAAACAAUGGAAGUGUUUGAAGAGGAAGAAGAGAAUAUUGAUCCAUCGAAUAAGUCACAGCUUCCAAACACAUCUCUAGCAGAGCUAAACAUGUUGCUUGUGUUCUUGUCAUUAUUUUACUUUUCAAGAGAAGAUUGCACAGAAUAUGAGGAGAGUGAGCAGAUGAAAAUGGAUCAUUACGUUGCUAUAACAAAUAAAACAUCAUGCACAUCAUCAAAACUAGAAACCAAGAGAAGAGAGAGACAUGAGCCAAAGCUUGGGAGGAGAUCAUGUUCCAGAAGAUCUCAAACUACCAUAAAAGAUUCCAGGCAUGGAAGGAAAAUGUAAAGCUCUACAGUGGAGGAUUCAACAAAGUGAUUUUAAGAAAUGGUGAAGCAAUAAAUCUAACCGUCAAUUAUUUUUGAGUUUGUCUGCAUAGGCUAUCUCCUUUCAUUAAGUGAAAAUUUGGCAUUUAUUUAUCUCUUCAUAUGUACCAUUUGUAUUAAAGAGGUAAAAUUCUCUCGUCAUAUGACACAAUGUUUCACUUGAGAAUAUAAUUUUGAAACCAAUACAAUGUGUGAUCACUUACAGAAGCAUCAAAAUUAAACAUCGCAGAAGAAA